AUGUCAUAUAAACUCCUUACUUUACAAGAAUAUUAUGAAAUUCAAAAUAAUGAAUUAGAGGCAAUACGAUCCAUUUAUAUGGACGAUUUUGAAGAUUUAACGAGGAAAAAAUCCAAAUGGGAUAAACAACCACAGAUUAUCUUUGAAAUUUCCCUCCGAUCAACUGAAAAGGAGCCAGAAGAAUCCACGCUUACGUUACAUAUUGCAUUAACACCCAUGUAUCCUCAUACUGCUCCAGAAAUUACUUUUGAAAACGUUAAUAAUGUUUUAGAUAGUCAAUUGAGAUUAUUGACAGAAGAAUUUAAAAAAAUUCAUAAAAAUGCUAACGGCCAAGAAUAUAUUUUUGAAAUUACUUCACUUGUUCAAGAGAAAUUAGAUGAAUUUCAAAAUAUGGCAAAUCCUCAAUCAUUGGAAGAAGAAAGGUUCCAACGUUUGAAAGAAGAAGAAGAAAGGUUGAAAAAAGAAGAUGUGGAAAGAUCACAAAUGCUUGAAUUGAAAAGAGCUUCAGAACAACGCCAUAUUGAUGAAAUCGUAAGAAAAGAAAUUGAAAAAAGACAAGAUGAUGAUGAUGAAACUUUUUUUAAUCAUUCAGCACCGAUUGAUUUAUUACCUCCUCAAGGUUGGGUCUCUUCUGGAGAAGCAAUUGUUUUUUCAAAACCAAUUAGGGCAAAGCUACCGAAUAAUUCAUCUUAUAAAUUUAGAGCGGUGGUUAAUCCUCGGCCAAUAAUGUUGCAAAAUGGCAUUCUGUCAUUAGCUAGUAAUUAUCUUGUUAAACCAUAUAUUCCACCAGACUCACCUUUAACAGACUUGUUAAUGACAUCAGAACUUAUGGAAAACUUUUAUUAUUUAUUAACUGAAAUUGAUUUAGAUCAUCCACAUUUUAAUACAAGUAAUGGUAAAAAGGAGAUUUCUAACUUAGAAAAGGAAUUAGAUUCGUUGCUAAAAGUAGAUCAUGAUAAUGUUAAUAAGUUAUAUGCCUAUACAAUAGAAAGAAAAGGUAAAAAUAGUUCAAAUUUUGUUUGGAAAAUUCGUCUAUUAUCAGAGUAUUCUUAUUCUUACUCAUUAAAUGAUGUCUUGACUUCAGUAGGAUACGUGAAUUUAUCAACAGCAAGAAUAUGGAUGAUUCGUAUUCUAGAAGGUUUAGAAGCCUUACAUAAAGUGGGAGUAUAUCAUAAGUUUAUAACAUUGCAAACUAUUCUGCUAGUCAAUGAUACAGAUUUUGGUACGACAAUCCCAAAACUAAUGUGUCCCUCAUAUGGUUUUACUAUUUUAAAUAUGCUUUCAAGCUAUCCAAAUAAGCAUUUACCAACCAGUGAAUUACCAGUUUUGCAAUGGAGACCUCCUGAAUUGAAAAAUAAUACUUCAACUAAUAGUGCAAAAAUAUAUCGAACUACUGAUAUUUGGCAAUUAGGUGUCACUUUUUUGCAAAUUAUUAAUGGUGUCGACACAGUGCAGGAUUAUUCUUCACCACAAGAAUUUUUUGAAAAUGUAAAUAUUGAUGAUAGUUUAUAUGAUUUAUUUGAAAAAAUGUUAGAUACUGAUCCCAAAAAAAGAUUAGGCCCUCUAGAAUUAUUACCUAUGAAAUUUUUAAGAACAAACAUUGAUCAACUACCUAAAAAUUUAAUUAUUUCAAAUGGAGAAGGUUUGGGUUCAAAUAGACGAUCAUCGGAGGCAUUUAGCUCAAAAUCAAGAACAUUUUCUCAAUCAAGUGGAAUACGGCGUAGAUCUUUUAACGUCGGUUCGAGAUUUCAUUCUAUUAAUACUACAACAAAAUCAAGAUAUGAAUCAGAUUUCGAAGAAAUUGCUGUUCUUGGUAAAGGUGCAUUUGGGCAAGUCGUUAAAGCUCGUAAUACAUUAGAUAGUAGGUAUUAUGCCAUUAAAAAAGUUAGGCAUACAGAAGAAAAAUUGUCUAAUAUUUUAGGUGAAGUAAUGCUGUUAGCUAGCUUAAAUCACCAAUAUGUCGUCCGUUAUUAUGCAGCCUGGUUAGAGGAGGAUAUACCAGACGAAAAUGUAUUCAAUUCUUCAGAUGAUUCUUCAGAUGAUACAUCUGAAAGUGGGAGUGAAUUUUUUGGUCACUACCAGUCAUCAGACAAUGAAUUUGAUGAUGAUACUGGUGACUUAUUUAAUCAAUCGUCUAUUUUUCAAAGUAAUAGAUUGCCUAGUACUAAUGAAAAUAAUUGGGAUUUUAUAUCUGGAUCAGGUUAUCCUGAUAUUGUUUUUGAAAAUAGUGGAGACAAUGAGACUCCGGAUGGUACAACUCAAGAUGAUACUAAAAGUGAAGAAGAAAGCACAUAUAGUUCAGAUGAUGAUUCAUCUUUAGAAAUUAAUCCUAACAGAAAUAAGCAUAUUAUAAAAAAGAAUUCUCCAAAAAAAAGCACAUUGUUUAUUCAAAUGGAAUAUUGUGAAAAUAAAACUUUAUAUGACUUAAUCCAUGCAGAAAACUUAAGUGCACUUCCUGAUGAAUAUUGGAGAUUAUUUAGGCAAGUAUUGGAAGCUCUGAGUUAUAUUCAUUCGCAAGGCAUUAUUCAUAGAGAUUUAAAACCAAUGAAUAUUUUUAUCGAUGAAAACAGAAAUAUCAAGCUAGGUGACUUUGGCCUUGCCAAAAAUGUACACCGUUCAAUAGAUAUAUUGAAAAUGGAUUCUAGUACCAUAUCUGCUUCAGAAAAUUUAACUUCUCAAGUGGGUACAGCUUUAUAUGUUGCUACUGAAGUUAUGGAUGGAAAAGGUUCAUAUAACGAAAAAAUCGAUAUGUAUUCUUUGGGUAUUAUAUUCUUUGAAAUGAUAUACUCAUUUAGUACUGGUAUGGAAAGAGUCCAAAUUUUAAAAGAGUUGCGUUCAUCAUCGAUUGCAUUUCCUUCAGGGUUUGAUUCACUUAAGAUAAAAGUGGAGAAGAAAAUAAUUCAACUACUUUUAGACCAUGACCCUAGCAGAAGACCGGGUGCAGAAAAGUUACUAAAUAGUGGUCUGGUGCCAACAAAGCAUCAAGAUGAAGUCAUUAAGGAAGCCUUAAGAAGUAUUGCAGAUCCAUCUUCGCCAUGGCAACAACAGGUUCGUGAAACUCUAUUCAACCAACCUUAUAGUUUAACCAACGAUAUAUUAUAUGAUAAUUCGAAAUCUACUAUAACUCCAUUCAUGCAAAUAUUAAGAUCUCAGAUGACUGAGGAAGUUAUUAAAAUCUUUCGAAAUCAUGGUGGUAUUGAAAAUAAUGAGCCCACAAGAAUAUUUCCUAAAGCACCAAUUUAUGGUACGCAAAAUGUAUAUGAGAUAAUAGACAAAGGUGGUACUGUUUUACAACUCCAGUAUGAUUUAACGUACCCUAUGGCACGAUACCUUUCAAAAAAUCCGAAUUGUGUUUGUAAGCAAUAUCGAUUCCAGCAUGUUUAUAGGCCACCUCAAAAAACAAAAUCUAGUCUAGAACCAAGGAAAUUUGGUGAAAUUGAUUUUGAUAUUAUCUCCACUUCAUCUUCAGAUUCUCCAUUUUAUGAUGCAGAAAGUAUAAAAAUCAUUGAUGAAAUUUUGACAGCUUUUCCAGUAUUUGAGAAAAGUAAUACUCAUUUCGUAAUCAAUCAUUCUGAUAUUCUGGAAAGUGUUUUUAAUUUCACAAAUAUUGAUAAAGCCCAGCGUGCUUUGAUUUCAAGAUUGUUUUCUCAAAUUGGUUAUGCUAAAACAUUUAAGGAUAUAAAAAAUGAUUUAAAAGUGCAGUUUAAUCUCUCAUCUACAUCAUUAAAUGACUUAGAACUGUUUGAUUUUAAAUUAGACUUUGAUUCUGCAAAGAAGAGAUUGCAUAAAUUGAUGGUUGAUAGUCCACAAUUACGUAAAAUUGAAGAAGCAUUAUCUCACAUAUCAAAGGUAUUGAAUUUCUUAAAACCAUUGGAAGUUUCAAGAAAUAUCGUUAUAUCUCCAUUAAGUAACUACAAUAGUGCGUUUUAUAAAGGGGGAAUAAUGUUUCAAGCUGUAUAUGACGAUGGCUCUUCAAGAAAUUUAGUAGCAGCUGGUGGUCGUUAUGACAACUUAAUUAAUUAUUUUGCUAGGCCUUCUAGUGAUAAAAACGCAGGCAAUAUUCAUCGUACUGUGGGUUUUAAUUUAGCUUGGGAAACCAUAUUUGGUAUAGCUCAAAGCUAUUUUAAAGUAACUGCUCGCAGUAAAAAUAAAAAGAGAAAUAAGUUUUUAAAGGAUACAGCAGUUGAUUGGAAACCAAGUCGUUGUAACGUUCUUGUAUCUAGUUUUACAAAAUCGCUGCUGAAUACAGUAGGUGUGGAUAUUCUGAACCAGUUAUGGAAGCGUAAUAUCAAGGCUGAUUUUUUAAGAAAUUGUUAUACUGUAGAAGAUGUUGUAUCUGGAGCUCAAAAAGAUGGUGUUGAGUGGGUAAUUUUAAUCAAACAGCAAAACUACGUGGGAGCAAAUAAUAAGAGAAAAUAUAAGCCUUUAAAAGUUAAAAAAUUAUCAAGUGAUGUUGAUAUAGAUGUCACACUCGAUGAAUUUUUAGUAUUAUAUCAGCAAGAAACACAUCUUAAUCAGAAUAUUGAUUCUAAUGCUCUAUUAGAUGAGUCUAUAGCAGAUGACAAUUCUAAAUGGGAUGAUCACAGCAGCACAAGCAGUGAUAAUCAUAAUGGUGAUAAAGAUGAGCCUCCAUGUGAUAACCAAAAGGUCAUUUUUAUACCAAAUCUUGCUGCUAAGUCAAAAAAAUCGAACAAGCGCGACAAGUGGGUUUAUGAAAGUGGGGCUAGGAAUAUUUCAAAAUCGAUAAUUCAUAGUUUAUCCACUGCUCCUAUUAUUACUGUAGAUGCGAUUAGGGAUGAAACACUAGAAAUCAUAGCUAUUACAUCUCUUGCUCAAAAAGAGGAGUGGCUUCGUAAGGUUUUUGGAGCUGGUAAUAAUUCAACACCACGCAGUUUUGCAACAAGUAUAUACAAUACACUCUCUAAGGAAGCAACUAAAGGUCAUAAAUGGGCAAUUCUGUGCUGUCACAAAUCAGGUAAAUCAUGUGUGGUCGACUUACAACGCUAA